AAUUAUUAUUUGUUCAUUUUAAAGACAAUAAAAAUUUAUUAGGCACUAAAUUGAUCUACCUCAUUUCUCAACAUCCCUUCGUCAUAGAUGUUAUAAAUGCGAGGAAAACAAACCUAAUAAUAAGACAUCACCCAGACGGAGCACAAAAUCGCCGACUAAUUUGCACCAAUUUGAGGGAACAACUAAACGGAAGAGCAAACAUCGUUUUCCCUCCCGUCAAAUCCAAGCCCAUGGGAUCGGAUCGAUGAAAAAUUAGCAAACUCAGUGCGCAUACGUACGCCAAGGUGUAAGCUCGAUCGGUAAGCUCGAAUACGGAUAUGCCGGAAUCGCAGUCAACGGGUAGCUAUCCGGGCAAAUCCUCCCCCGGAUUGGAUGUUGUGGAGCAGGUGAACGGCAGCUUUGGACGCUGGCAGUUGCGCACCAUCCUGCUGAUAUUCCUCUGCAAGAUUCCCAGCGCGUGGUUCACGGCCAUCAUCAUCUACACGGCUCCGUAUCCCUGGAAGGGGGAGCUCGUCUGCCGCCCGGCCGAAUGGAAUGUCAGCCGGUCGCGUGAGGAUCAUGUCAGCCAGAUCCAUCCGCUUUGGCAAGAUGCGCGCAGCACGGAUCGCUUGUUCAACGUGGACGUGUGCAAUGCCUAUUCAAACUCCCUGGCCCGCGGAUUUGUGCGCAGCCAUGGCCGGGAGUGGAACGCCUCGGAGUCGAAGGAGCCGGAUGCCCAAUCUUCGCUGCCCUGCAAGCACGUGGAGCACAUGACCGACUACAAGUCCCUGAUCAUCCAGUUCGACCUCAUCUGCUCCCGUCGCGUUCUGGUGGCGAUGACGCAAUCUUUUCAUGCUCUUGGUGCCCUGAUUGGCGGUCUGAUGGCCUACUCCGCCCUCAAAAUAAUCAGUCCGCGACGCUUGAUGUUGCUGGGCAUGAUUGGCCAGAUAUUUUGCGGAAACCUUACUGGAUUGGUAGACACCUACCAGUUGCACAUCUACUUCCGCUGCCUUACAUCCAUAUUUUGUGCUCUUAUGUAUACUUCCGGACAGUUUAUAUUAAACGACAUCACGUCGGGCAAGGCUCGCAUCAUUGUGGUCACUCUAUCGGAGUUGUUCUGGUCCAUGGGUCUCGUCCUGCUGCCCGCCAUUUCUAUAUAUUUCGACGACUGGAGCUACCUGUACGUGGCCAUCUCAUCCUCACUCAUCGUGCUAGUUUGGCUGCAUCGUUGGAUAGCGGAUGCUCCUCGCUGGCUGCUGCAACAUCAGCGAGUGGAGGCUGCACUGCGUCAGCUGCUGGAAUCGGCCACCUACAACAACCGGAAAGUGCCGCUCACCCUCGACGUUCAGCUCACGGUGUACGCCAAUGAUCUGGAGCAAAGGGCCAGGCAGAAGCAGGGCUACUGCCAAAUCUGGGAUGGCGAGACGAAACGCAGCCAGUUGGUGUACAUCCACUGGAUCUGGGGCGGAGCUAUGGUGCUCUAUAACAUCACCCUGCUGAUGAUCCGAAAUCUAGGCACUCAACAAGUGCAUGUGAACACUGCGGCCCUGGGAUUUGCCGAGAUGAUUGGCGUUUUUGUGGGUCUCUAUCUGAUCCUAUACACACGUCGCCACUGGCGCUGGGCAGGAAAUUUAAUGAUUAUAGCAGGUCUCAGCACAUAUUUCAUUUGGCUGCUGCCCGAAACUGAACGAAAUUCGCGUCGCGUGGGACUGGAGCUGGUGUUUUGGCUCACACUAAAAGUGGCAAACUCCGCCUCGAUAGCUGUGCUGACCACCUGCACAAGUGAGAUUGUAUCCAACGAAAAGCGCGUGUUCCUGCUGCUGUCCGUGAUCUCAUUCAGUCGCCUGUGCUUGGUCUUUAGCCCGCUGCUCAGCUGCCUCACUGUCAUCCAUCACCUGGUGCCCAUCACCAUUCUGGGCACAGUUGGCUGGAUUUAUGGCCUGGCCCUGCGUCGCCUCAAUCGCUACUAUUGGAACACGGAGCAGCCGCAGAUAAGCCGGGUGCCCACACCCAACACCUAUCGUCGCCAGUCGGCCAUCAUAAUGCGCCGCUGCAGCACGGCCAGCUCGGAAUGCAGUGCCUACAGCAAUGAGCUCUUGAGCCAUCUUGAGCGGAACAUGGCUGUUAGUAUAGCCGACAUUUGGCACAUUAAUUUUCAUCCUUCGAGUGAGAUCGAAAUGGAAAUGGAGCAGCAUAUACCGGAAGGUCUCAGAUCGCACAGCUCGGAAACCAUUUGAAGAGCUUUUUUUGCUGCCUGAAAGUAGGCUUGGCGAAAUAAAAGAAUCUAUGUACAUCCACUAUAGUAAGACUUAUUGUCAUUAAAUUGCUUUACAAUAAAUUUAAUUAAUUAAAAUGAAAACAUGUUACACGCAUAGGA